AUGAUUUUGGUAGACAUCAUCUCCAUCAUCCUCCGCCUCGCGGAGCUCGCCUUCGCAACCAUCGUCGCCGCCCUCAACGGACGCUUCCUGCACGCCGUGCGCGGCACCUCAUCAUGGGAUCUCGGUCGACACAUCUACACCGAAGUGGUGGCGGGCCUGUCCAUUCUCUUCGCCAUCAUCUGGCUGUUCCCCUUCUCGAGCUCGUUUAUCCACUGGCCUAUGGACUUGGUCAUUUCGAUCAUGUGGUUUGUGAGCUUUGGUUUGUUGGUUAAUUGGUUGAAUGGGGCUUGUGGAUAUGUCUUUGACUGGGAUAAUGUUGGGUUUAAUGGUGUGGGCUGUGGUGAGUGGAAGGCUACGGUUGCCUUUGCCUUCCUCAGCGCCAUUUGCUGGCUUGUUAGUGCUUUGGUUGGUCUCUACUGGGUUCGUCGCCGUACCCGCGCUCCCGUUGAUGCGGGCUACCCUCGUCGCCGCUGGUACCGUUCUCGCGUCUAA